AUGAGAAAGGCAUUGAGUCGUUCUUUGCUUAGCACUGUCAAUCAAUCAUUGAGACCAUCUUCAUCCGUUGUCUCAUCAACUGCUGGAGGUCUCCUGUUCAGACCACAUCUAUCCUCCUCACUCUCCAAGCUCUAUGUAUCCCCAGUCACCAACAGAUUCAAUGAGUUGAGAAACUACUCAACUGAGAAGAAUACUAAUGAAGAUGGAGAGGAUAAGCCAGAGAGGAAUAUAUUGUUGGAGCAAGACCCAAUUGAGGAGACUGAGAAGGUCGUUGGAAUGGCUGACACUCAUCAGUUCCAAGCAGAGACUCAGAAGAUCUUGCACAUCGUGGCCGAGUCAUUGUACACAGAGAAGGAGGUGUUCAUCCGUGAGUUGGUGUCCAACGCCUCGGACGCCAUCGAGAAGGCGCGUCACAUGCAGCUGCUCAAUCAAAAGAUCAUGAACGACGACGUUCCUUUUGAGAUCCGCAUCGCCACUGACGAGGAGAAAAAGACGCUGAUCAUCCAAGACACGGGUAUCGGCAUGAACAAGGAGGAGCUCAUUCGCAACCUUGGUCGCAUUGGAUACUCGGGCACUGGCGAGUUCAUCAAGAACCUUGGCGAGAACCCCGACAAGGCCAGCAUCAUCGGACAGUUUGGUGUCGGUUUCUACAGUUGUUUCAUGGUGGGUCACUCGAUCAAGGUGUACUCGCGCGGCGCCGCACCAGGCAGCAAGGGCUACCUGUGGGAGUCGGACGGAGCAGGCUCAUACUCCAUCUCGGAGGCUGACGGCGUGUCACGUGGAACCAAGAUCAUCAUCCAUCUCAAGCCCAACGCGUACGAGUACGCCAAGAAGGCCACAGUGGAGGCUGUCAUCAAGAAGUACAGCAACUUUGUCGGCUUCCCAAUCGUGUUGAACGGCACCCCCGUCAACACCAUCCGUCCACUCUGGACGCUUGCCAAGUCGCAGGUCACCGAGGAGGAGCACAAGGAGUUCUACCAGUUCAUCUCCAAGUCGUUCGACGUGCCCACAUACCGCAUCCACUUCUCCACUGACACACCACUGAGCAUCAGAUCACUAUUCUACAUCCCCAGCCAGCACGUCGAGAAGUACGGCAUGGGUCGCAUGGAGCCUGGCGUGGCUCUGUUCUCACGCAAGGUCAUGAUCCAGCAGAAGGCCAAGGGCAUCCUUCCAGACUGGAUGCGUUUUGUGCGCGGAGUCGUCGACAGCGAGGACAUCCCACUGAACGUCUCUCGUGAGCAUCUCCAGGACAACGGUCUGAUCCAGCGUAUCAGCUCCGUGCUGGUGAAGCGUAUUCUCAAGCAGCUGAGCGACGAGGCCAAGAACGACCCGGUCCGCUUCGACACUUUCAUGGCCGAGUUUGCCGGCUUCUUCAAGGAGGGUAUCAUCACCGACUUCAAGUGGAAGGACGAGAUCGCCAAGAUCCUGCGCUUCGAGUCGUCAUUCCUGCCCGAGCCCACCGCUGACCAGCCAACACCCAACAAGAACACAUCGCUCGAGGAAUACGUGAAGCGUAUGGCUCCAGAGCAGCAGUACAUCUUCUACGUCACCGUGCCAAGCCGCACCGUCGCCUUGUCCAGCCCAUACUACGAGCCCUUCAAGGCCAAGGGCAUCGAGGUGUUCUUCCUCUUCAACACGCUCGACGACUUUGUCUUCUCAAACAUUGGCCACUUUGGCGACAAGAAGAUCGUCUCAGUCGAGUCGAAGGAGGCCCAGGAGUUCCUGGCCGCCGGUCAGGAGAAGCAAGAGGACACCCUGUCGCAGACCGAGGUGUCAGCCUUCUUGCAGUGGAUCACCGACACUGUUGGCAACAAGAUUGCCAUGGCCAAGCCAUCGACCCGCUCGCUGUCACAGCCCGCCAUCGUCGUCGACCAUGAGUCGGCCACAUUCCGUCGCAUGAUGAAGAUGAUGGACCCAAGCAAGCAACACGAGAUCCCCAAGCAGCAGGUCGAGUUCAGCAUGAACCACCCAAUCGUUCUGAAGCUGAACCAGGUCAGGACCACCGAUCCCGCCGUUGCCAAGUUGGUUGCUGAACAAAUUGUAGAUAAUGCUCUCGUCGUCGCUGGACUCUACGAAGACUCCAGAGAGAUGGUUCCACGUCUGAACCAACUUCUUGAGCAGGUUCUUGGUAAAUAA